AUGUCAACGGCCUUCCUAGUCGUCUGUAUCAUCGUGUCCAGUCUGUGCGAUGUGUUCCGCGGACUCGCAUCUUUCGGUCUCCAUUUUGCUGCAGACCCUUUGAACAUGCUUGCUUCUUAUGCUGAGUUUGCUUUCUGUUUCACCAACAUAUUUCCAUUUGCAUGGUACAGCCAACUCGGGAGCAAUCCAUUAUGUCCUCCCUCUCGUGUUCUAUCCGCAAUCAUGUGA